CAGUAGCUGCCACGGCCGCUCUUAGCCCGGGGGAUCCUGGGAGCAGGCCUUUCCGGAAGGACCGGUUCGGCGUCGGGGCCUCGGCCCGUGUUGCAGCCCCGUGUUCCAGGCCCUUGCUCCAGGACGGGCCCGUAGCCGCGGCGACGUUCUAAGGACAGCGGAGGGCGCGGCGGGCCGCUCGCUGAGGUGCCCGGCUUCGCCGCCGAGCGAGCCAAGGGGCCGCAGGACGUGGCGGCACCUCCCCCUUGGCCCGGAGCGGAACUGCGGGAGGAGCGGCAACGCAGGCCGGACGAGGUGAACCGGGUCACUAAACUGCCUUCAGGUGAUGAAUCAUCUACAUAAUAAACAGAUUUGAGGUCCACAGCCCUCUGUGGUCCUGCUGUAGAACAAUUUUUAGAGAGUGACUGGUGUGUUCUGAGGUGUGCCACAGUGACUGUUUGCCCUUGAUAAGGAAAGCAAGCUCUCUUGCUCUUGGGACAUCCUCGUUUCCUGUAAAGCUUUCAAGUCAUAACCUCUUUGGCCGGCAUACAUCUUUGUGCAAGAGGAAGGCUUUCACAUGAAAGUGUCUCUUGGUAACGGUGAAAUGGGCGUCUCCGCCCAUUUACAGCCUUGCAAGGCAGGAACCACACGUUUUUUUACCAGCAAUACUCACAGUUCGGUGGUUUUGCAAGGCUUUGAUCAGCUUAGAAUAGAAGGAUUGCUUUGUGACGUGACCCUGGUACCAGGUGAUGGAGAUGAAAUCUUCCCUGUUCAUAGAGCUAUGAUGGCAUCUGCUAGUGAUUAUUUCAAGGCUAUGUUCACAGGUGGAAUGAAAGAACAAGAUUUAAUGUGCAUUAAGCUUCAUGGGGUGAACAAAGUUGGUCUGAAGAAAAUAAUUGAUUUUAUUUAUACUGCAAAACUUUCUCUUAAUAUGGACAAUCUUCAGGACACACUUGAAGCUGCCAGCUUUUUGCAAAUUUUACCUGUUUUAGACUUCUGUAAAGUGUUUCUUAUUUCAGGAGUCUCUUUAGAUAACUGUGUUGAAGUUGGACGAAUUGCUAACACCUACAAUCUUAUAGAAGUAGAUAAAUAUGUCAAUAAUUUCAUCCUGAAGAAUUUUCCUGCAUUAUUGAGUACUGGGGAGUUUCUGAAACUCCCUUUUGAACGGCUUGCCUUUGUGCUUUCCAGCAAUAGUCUUAAGCACUGUACUGAACUUGAGCUUUUCAAGGCUGCCUGUCGCUGGCUAAGGUUGGAAGACCCUCGGAUGGAUUAUGCUGCAAAAUUAAUGAAGAAUAUUCGAUUUCCACUGAUGACACCACAGGAUCUCAUCAAUUAUGUGCAGACAGUAGAUUUCAUGAGAACAGACAAUACCUGUGUGAAUUUGCUUUUGGAAGCUAGCAAUUACCAAAUGAUGCCAUAUAUGCAGCCAGUGAUGCAGUCAGAUAGAACUGCCAUUAGAUCUGACUCAACCCACUUGGUUACAUUAGGAGGAGUUUUGAGGCAGCAGCUGGUUGUCAGUAAAGAAUUACGGAUGUAUGAUGAAAGGGCGCAAGAGUGGAGAUCUUUAGCCCCCAUGGAUGCUCCUCGUUACCAGCAUGGCAUUGCUGUCAUUGGAAACUUUCUUUAUGUAGUUGGUGGUCAAAGUAAUUAUGAUACAAAAGGAAAAACUGCCGUUGAUACCGUUUUCAGAUUUGAUCCUCGGUAUAAUAAGUGGAUGCAGGUUGCUUCAUUAAAUGAAAAGCGCACAUUUUUCCACUUGAGUGCUCUCAAAGGACAUUUGUAUGCCGUUGGUGGGCGAAGUGCAGCUGGUGAGCUGGCCACAGUAGAAUGUUACAAUCCAAGAAUGAAUGAGUGGAGCUAUGUUGCAAAAAUGAGUGAACCCCACUAUGGCCAUGCUGGAACAGUGUAUGGAGGCUUAAUGUAUAUUUCAGGAGGAAUUACUCAUGAUACUUUCCAAAACGAGCUCAUGUGUUUUGACCCUGAUACAGACAAAUGGACACAGAAGGCUCCAAUGACUACAGUCAGAGGUCUGCAUUGCAUGUGUACAGUUGGAGACAAGCUCUAUGUCAUUGGUGGCAAUCACUUCAGAGGAACAAGUGAUUAUGAUGAUGUUCUAAGCUGUGAAUACUAUUCACCAACCCUUGACCAGUGGACACCAAUUGCUGCCAUGUUAAGAGGUCAAAGUGAUGUCGGAGUUGCCGUCUUUGAAAAUAAAAUCUAUGUCGUAGGUGGAUAUUCUUGGAAUAAUCGUUGUAUGGUAGAAAUUGUCCAGAAAUAUGACCCAGAAAAGGAUGAGUGGCAUAAAGUUUUUGACCUUCCAGAGUCACUUGGUGGCAUUCGAGCUUGUACUCUCACAGUUUUUCCACCUGAAGAAAACCCUGGGUCACCUUCCAGAGAAUCACCUCUUUCAGCACCUUCAGAUCAUUCUUAGGACCAAGGUGUAAUACCUUUGCAGUGCAUCAUGGAUGAUCCCAUACUUCCCCUUCAGUUGUAUCUUCUUACAUUGAUUGGUACAGUUAUUAGAUAAAAAGGUAAUUGAUGUUAUUUGUAUUGCUUGGUUUAGUAUGUUUAUCAAAUGGUUAACAAAUGCAUUCUGAAAACGUAUUUAACAUAGCCAGUUUAACAAAUGUAAAAAGAUAAGUAGAAAAAUGUUAGAUGUCUUUUUGUGGUGUUGUGUAAGUCAAAGUGUAGGUGAUUGUAGUAAAUGUAUAAUUAUGUUCAUUAUGCUUCAAAGUUGAAAGUUUUCAUCUUUGACUACAAAACAUCAAAGGGAGGCUGCCUGCUCUAACCUAAAAUAAUAAACAAAAAAGGUCUCCAAGCCUUAUUAGCUGCCUCCCUUUUUUCAUAGAGUUUUUGACAUAGCUGCCAACUCACCAGAUUGUGUGGGUACAUUCAGAAUAUGUGACGAUUCUUAGGCAGACCAGAGAAAUAAUAAAUUCAAAAAUAUUAACUCAAAAAAUAGUAUAACCCUAAGUCAGGAUUUCAUAUCUUUCUGGGGAGAGGGAGAGAGAAAAUACACACACACACACACACACACACACACAUAUACACAUACAUACAUAUGUAUAUGCAUGCAUACACAUAUAUAAUUUUUAAAUCAAUUGGCACUUUAGCUAUAGUGAAAUUGUUUUUAAAUUUAAAUUCUUUUCUUCCACCUAGCAGCUAUUUCUGUUCAAAUGGAAAUUCAGUAUUAGAGAAUAAAUGUCUAUGUAGUCUUGCGGAAUUGAUGUAGAUAAGAACUACAACAUUAAAUUGACAACCAAAUUUGUCAUUUGACUGAAUUGUUACUACAGAUCAAACUUGUCACUUUUUCUGCUUGUAUAUUGUUUUCUGUAGAGUUGCCUUUAUACAGGUUAUUUAGCAAAGUUCAAGUCUCAGAGAAUUGCUUUUGCUCAGUAACUUUAGGCUCUGCUACAUUCCACCUUUUUGUUCAGUAAAACUUAUGAACAAGACAAAGAAAAACAUUCUGAACAAAGCUAUAGGUUUUUAAGUUCAGUCUCCCAACUUAGUCAUUCUAACACGACUGUUUGAUUUGAGAUGGUUGCCCUGGUGCUGCUCCAGCCCAUGUGCAUCCUGAGCUUUGUGUGAUCUGCCUCAAGGCUAUAAUCUGAGCAAGCAGAAGAUGUACUGUUUGGCGUCAGAGCAGAAAAAUGUCCUUUUGGCUAUGUCUAAAGGACAGGACCAAUUUCAGAUUCCCUAAGAAGCCAGCUGUAGAAAGCCUAGGACGCUUCUGUCUUGCAGGCAGUACUAAAGUAGAUCUUCAGCCUCUUCAAUACCAAGGGCAUCCCUACUGGUUCAGAACCACAUGGGGAGAUCUUAAAUGGGACCUUAUCCACAAAUGGAAUCAUAGGAGCCCUCCGAAGUGAGUGAUUCUGAAGAAUCUGAAGAGUUACUUCCCUGGAAUAAUUGUCUACCUGAAGAAAUAAUUUACAUAUAUACAUUUACAUACAUAUGUUUAUAUUUAUAUCCCUAUACUUGGGAGAUUGUCAUAGUGUAAAUCAGGAACAACCUUCUCUUUAUUGACAACCUCAUAAUAAAACUCAGGAACCAAGACAAAAGGAAUUGGCUUCAAGGGAUCUGAACCUCACUGCCCAUACAGGUGUUGAUUCAUUUUAAUGCUUUUAUGAUUUCUGCAUUGGCAGAAAAUUUCAUACUUCCUAUUUUUUUUAAUGAUUCAAUUUUUUAUUACUAAAAAUAGCACAUUUGAGAACAUUUAGGAAAUAGAAAAAGUAGAAAUUGCUAAUAACUUUGUGCAUUGAAUAAGCAAGAAAUAGCAUCCCAAUUAUUUCCUUAAUUAUUAACGAAGUUAAAUAUUUGUGUUUUUUGAGUAGCUGUGUUCCUCUUUAAUCGAAUGUUAAUAUCCUUUGCCCUUGUAAUACCUAUUGGAGUUGCUUCCUUUUUCAUAUCGAGUUAUAGGAUCUCUUUAUAUAAUAAAUAUAAUUUAACUGGCA